GGGACUCCGGACAGGAAGAGGCUGACGGCGGUGUUUACUGCGGCGACGGUUUGAAGUUGUUUGUUUGUUUGUUUGUUUGUUUGUUUUGUGUUUUUAUUUUAUUUUUUUAAACUGGCUUUUCUGCUGCUGGCUGUAUCAAGCUCGCUGGCAGAGUUGUUUUAUUUUGGCGGACGGAACCGGACCCGGGCUGACGCGCAGGUCUUGGGUGAGAGGGAGGAGGGGUCGUCCCGGCAACGGAGCGAGGCACGGAGAUGGAACAGGUCCGCAUCAAAGAAGAAUCGGCCGAACCGGUCCGAGUGAAACAAGAGCCGCCGGAACCAGAACCCGUCUGCGCUGACCAGGGCUCUCCCGAGGCGCCCUGCGUCAAAGAGGAGAUUUACGAAGUGCAGCUCGUCCGCGUCAAAGAAGAGGCCGCCGAGCCCGAUGCUUCUGCCCAGGCACCGGGGAGCGACUCGGGAGAGGAAGGGGAGCCUCAAUCCGGGGCGAACGGGCCAGGCUGCGGGCUGGAACCGCGGCACCGCUGCCCCGUGUGCGGGAAGGGUUUCCGUCUCCUGCACGGCUUCAAAAAGCACCUGCAGACGCACAGCGGCGAGAAACCUCACGCCUGCCCCGACUGUGGCCGCCGCUUCGGCCAGGCCGGGCAGCUGAAGACGCACCAGCGCAUUCACACGGGCGCCAAGCCUUACCCGUGCCCGGACUGCGGGCAGAGCUUCCGCCACUCCAACAGCCUCAAGGUUCACCGGCAGCUGCACUCGGGCGGGCGACCCUUUGGCUGCGAAGACUGCGGGAAGCGGUUUGGGCGGCCGGCCCACCUGAAGUCUCACCGCUUGGUUCAUUCCGGGGAGAGGCCCUUUCGCUGUGGCGAGUGCGGGAACAGUUUCAGGAACUCGUUCAGCUACAAGCAGCACCAGGUGACGCACGCGGGCACCAAGCCCUGCGAGUGCCCCGACUGCGGCAAGCGGUUCAGUCAGGUAGGGAGCCUGAAGAGGCACAGGCGCUUGCACACAGGGGAGCGCCCGUACCACUGCCCAGCCUGCGGGCAGAGCUUCACUUACUCCCAGAAGCUGAAGACUCACAGCUGCAACCUGGAAUGAUUUGGAAGCGAUCCACUGAAAUUGUGAUGUUUUUAUCGAUGCCCGCCCCAGUUUCUCUACAAAAGUAUGUAUGUGUGACAUAUAUAUCUAUCUAGCUGUGGCUAAAAGCUUUGCAUCAGCAGUAAUUUUAGGAUUGAGACUUCUUUUAAGAAAAACAAACUAUAUAAACAGUUCAGAUCUUUUAUUUAACGUUCUGUAUUCAAAAAAACUACUAAAUUAUAGGAAGUAGUCUACUGGAAGCUAUGGUAGCAGUCAGUUUUUUCAAGGUGAAGUAUCUGGAAAACUACAAACCGCUGGGUGUGCAAUUCAAUAUGUUAACAAGGGAACAUUAUUCAGCAGCUUU